CCCCGGCAUGGGAACGCCGCUGCCACUGGCGCUGUGGGUCCUGCUCCCCGAGGUCUGGGGCGGAGCUCUCGCUGAGGUCAUGAGAGACGCCACGACCAACUUGCCCUUUCAGGACACUUUGCCAGGAUCCCUGCAAGCUGACCAUAUGACCCAUUCUCUCUCCAGUGGGUACCAGCCUGCCUUGUUGUCCUCACCAACUGGACCUAAAGAACCAAAUUCAGUGAGUGGGAUCCUAUCUGAGGGGACCACUGCCAGGCCAAAGUUUCAGUUGCCUUUUGCAUUUAAUCGCACGGUUGGCCGCAUCAUACUCUCUGAACAUAAAGAUGUAAAGUUUAAUUGCUCCAUCAGUAUACCCAACAUGUACCAUGACAUCGCGGUCAUCUCUUGGUGGAAAGAUGGUAAGGAAUUACUUGGUGCACAUCAUGUGAUAACUCAGUAUUACUCCGAUGAUCGAACUACAACAAUCAUCACUUCCUUCAGUAUAGCCAAAGUGGAGCGUCCAGACAAUGGAUCCUAUGUCUGUAAGAUGAAAAUAAAUGAUGAAGAAAUUGUGUCUGACCCCAUCUACAUCGAGGUACAAGGACUUCCAUAUUUUAUUCGCCAGCCCCAGAGCUUGAAUGUCUCCAAAAACACAGCCUUCAACCUAACGUGCCAGGCAGAGGGCCCACCUGAGCCCAUCAACAUUUUUUGGGUUCAGAACAGCAAGCGGAUAAAUGAAUGGCCUGAAAAAUCCCCCUCGGUUCUCACUGUUCAGGGUAUCAACGAGUCUGCGGUCUUCAGCUGCGAGGCCCACAAUAGGAAAGGGUUGACAGUGUCCAAAGGAGUGCAGAUCAACAUCAAAGAGAUUCCUUCCCCGCCGAGUGAAGUCAUUGUGCUCAACAGCACUGCACACAGCGUCUUCAUCUCCUGGGUCCCCGGCUUUGAUGGCUUCUCCCCACUCAGGAAGUGCAGCAUUCAGGUCACAGAAGCUGACCCACUGAGUAAUGGCUCCGUCAGGACCUUUAACAUCUCAGCCUCACCACAUCUGUAUCGAGUCGAGCAGCUGCAAGCUCUGGCUAACUACACCAUUGAUAUGUCCUGCAUGAAUGACAUUGGCUGGUCCCCAUGGAGCACUGCGAUUCUAGCCAGUACGACUGAAGGAGCCCCAUCAACAGCACCUUUGAAUGUCACCAUCUUUCUCAGUGCUUCCAGUCAUAAGGUGAAUGUGAACUGGGUCAAGCCUCCGAUUAAACGACAGGAUGGGCCCCUGCUGGGCUACCGAAUCUCACACAUGUGGCAGAGCACAGAGAUGCAGGAAGAGUUCUCAGAAGAAGUCAGCCAGAAUGACAGCCAAGCCCAGAUCUCCAUUCAGUACCGCAAUGCCACAUGCACUGUGAGGAUUGCAGCUGUCACUAAAGGGGGCACUGGACCUUUCAGCAAGCCAGUGGAACUCUUUAUCCCCAUGAUUGGUUGGGGAGAUAUUGCUCCCUCUUCCACCCCAGCACCCAGCUACUCAAAUCCUGUGCUCAUCCUCCUUGGCUGCAUCUGCGGGUUUGUUCUGAUUGGGUUGCUUUUGUAUAUUUCUACAUCCAUCAGGAAAAGAUUUCAGGAGACACGAUAUGGGAGUGCCUUUACAGGGGAGGAUUCAGAAUUAGUUGUCAACUACGUAGCAAAGAAAUCCUUUUGUCGAAGAGCCAUUGAACUCACCUUACAAAGUUUAGGGGUCAGUGAGGAACUGCAGAAUAAACUUGAAGAUGUUAUGAUUGAUAGGAAUCUUCUCAUUCUUGGGAAAAUCCUAGGUGAAGGAGAGUUUGGGUCAGUCAUGGAAGGAAACCUUAACAAGCUAGAUGGAACUUCAGAGAAGGUGGCCGUGAAGACCAUGAAAUUGAACAAUUUUUCCCAGCGAGAGAUUGAGGAGUUUCUCAGUGAGGCCGCAUGUAUGAAAGACUUCGAUCACCCCAAUGUCAUCCGACUCCUCGGUGUAUGUAUAGAAAUGAGCCCUCAAGGCAUCCCCAAGCCCAUGGUGAUCUUACCCUUCAUGAAGUAUGGGGACCUGCACACCUACUUACUCUACUCCCGACUAGACACAGGCCCAAAGCACAUUCCUCUGCAGAUUCUAUUAAAGUUCAUGGUGGACAUUGCCCAGGGGAUGGAAUAUCUGAGCAACAGGAAUUUCCUCCAUCGAGAUUUAGCUGCUCGAAACUGCAUGCUGCGAGAUGAUAUGACUGUCUGUGUUGCUGACUUUGGCCUUUCCAAGAAGAUUUACAGUGGUGACUACUAUCGCCAGGGCCGCAUUGCCAAGAUGCCUGUAAAAUGGAUCGCCAUAGAGAGUCUUGCAGACCGAGUCUACACCAGUAAAAGUGAUGUGUGGGCGUUUGGCGUGACUAUGUGGGAGAUUGCCACCCGGGGAAUGACUCCUUACCCUGGUGUACAGAACCACGAGAUGUAUGACUAUCUUCUUCAUGGCCAUAGGCUGAAGCAGCCUGAGGACUGCCUGGAUGAGCUGUAUGAAAUAAUGUGCUCUUGCUGGAGAUCUGAGCCUUUGGAACGACCCACCUUCUCUGCCUUGAAGAUACAGUUAGAAAAGUUCUUAGAACGUUUGCCUGACAUCCAGGACAAAGCCAGCAUCAUUUACAUCAACACUCAGUUCCCAGAGAGCAGUGAGGACAGUCCUGAGAGUGAAGAGUUUUCUCAGCUAGACAUGGACAUUGAUCCAGACUCCAUCAUUGCUUCCUGUACUUCCGGGACCACCGUCAGCAUGGUCACUGCAGAAGUUCACAAGAACAGGUCUCAUGAAGAAGAAGAAGGUAGAUACAUCUUCAAUGAGGCCAGUGAGGAGCAGGUUAAGCUCUUUGCUGCCUCCCCAGAUGCAACCACUGAGGAAGAGAAGGUUGUUUUCCCAGAGAAAAGACUCCAAAGGAGUGGGGCCCCUUGGUCCCAGGCCAACACACUGCCCGUGAGGAGUACAUCACCAGACACACUUUUGUUCGCUGACGAUUCCUCAGAAGAAUCAGAGGAACCCAUGUGAGGGGAACUGGGAGGCAUUCCCAAACUUGGGAGAGUCUCAGCUCUAGAAGAACCCAUGUACACUCGAUGAUUUGGGUAUCUGUCUUCCUUUACGAGUCAAUAUGUUGGCCUGAGUAUAAAUGUUGUCAAGUCAGUCAGUCAUCAUUAAUAAAAUCUAAUAAAGGCCAGAGGAGACAUAGUACAGUGGGCAGGGAGUUUGCCUUAAACACAACCCACUUAGGUUCUAUCCCCAAAUCUGCACAUGGUGCCUGAGCCCCACCAGGAAGGAGUGUUCCCCAAGUUCAGAGCUCAGUAAGUACUGCCAGGUGUGGCCCCAGAAUUAAAUGAAUAAACAUAUAUGUAUUUAUUUUUAAAGAAAAAUAUAUGAAUGUAUAUGAUUGAAAGACAGAUUUUAUAUUUUAAUAAAAGAUGAUGUAUUUUAUUACCUUUACUUUGUAACUCUUCAACAAGG